UCUAAUGAUGAUACACUUAGACAUAAAUCUCGCAUGGAAUUAGUUCGUGUAUCUGCUGCUGUAAUGGGUAUUGAGUUUUCAUAUGCUGCUGAAACGGCUUUCGUGUCACCCACCCUUUUAAAGAUUGGCGUUGAACAUCAACACAUGACUUUAGUUUGGGCAUUGUCGCCUCUAGUUGGUUUCUUUCUUACACCAAUUCUUGGCUCUAUGAGCGACCGCUGUAAACUAAAUAUGGGACGUAGAAGACCGUUCAUUAUUCUGUUGUCUAUUGGUGUUUUUCUUGGAUUACUGUUGGUGCCCAAUGGUGAGGAUUUGGGUUAUUUAUUUGGUGACAUUGAUCCACACAUUCAAAUCUCUGCCAUGAAUUUAACACUAAAUGGUACGACGCACAAUAACAUAAAUGUUUCUCCACAUCGUGCAACAGCAUCUAAAACAGAGUUGGGAACAAUCCAAAAGACAUCUCAUCCAUGGGGAAUAUUUUUCACAGUACUUGGAACAGUUCUAUUGGAUUUUGAUGCUGAUGCUUGCCAAAGCCCCUCAAGAGCAUAUCUAUUAGAUGUUUGUGUGCCAGAUGAUCAUGCUAAAGGUCUUUCAACUUUUACUAUUAUGGCUGGACUUGGUGGUUUCAUGGGUUAUUCAAUGGGUGGCAUUAAUUGGGAUGAUACAUCACUUGGCCGUCGAUUGGGAGGUCAUGUAAAAGCAGUUUUCACGAUUAUAACAUUCAUAUUUAUCGCGUGUGUGACAUUCACGGUGACUAGUUUUAAGGAAAUACCUUUGUGGGCCCUAGCUCCAUCUAAAAGUUCUAAAUCGGCGCGAACAGAAACGGAUCAUUUACAAGAUGGUGCUAUAAACUAUGGAACGUUAGAAAAUACCGAAUAUAAUGCAUCUGAACUUAAUGAGAAUCCGUUUGAUAAGCUGACAUCUAACGAUGUCCAACAGCAAUCGGAUUAUUUUAAGAGUAAUGCAGAUGAAAAUGAAAUUGGAGAGACUUCAUUUAUGGCAACCGAUGGUAUUCAACAACAAGAAGAAAUAUAUCCCAACAUAAACGAUAGUGAGAAUGUUGCCGCCGAACAACCUGUUGAAAAUCUGUCACACUAUUUACUCUCUAUUGUUUAUAUGCCACACUCCUUGCGUAUGGUAUGUCUCACAAAUCUCUUCUGUUGGAUGGCUCAUGUCUGCUACUCUUUGUAUUUUACGGAUUUUGUGGGUGAAGCUGUAUUCAACGGUGACCCCAAGGCUCUUGAGGGUUCACAAGCACAAAUCUUAUACGAAGAAGGCGUUCGUUUCGGAUGUUGGGGUAUGGCAAUGUACUCAUUGUCGUGUGCUUGUUACUCAUUUGUCAUCGAAAAACUCAUUCAACGUUUUAAAGCAAAGAAUGUUUAUGUCGGCGGCCUUUUAUUUUAUUGCACUGGGAUGUCUCUAAUGGCACUUACGCGUGCAAAGGCAAGUGUUAUUAUCUUCAGUUGGGCCGCAGGUGUUAUGUAUUCAACUUUAUUUACAAUGCCGUAUCUUUUAGUAGCUCAUUACCAUUCCAUGGGGACUGUAAGUAAAAGUAACAAAAAUAUAUUUAAGUGUAUGAAUAAUGGAAGGCAAAUUAAAUUUUUUGUAUAAAACAUCAUUAAAAAU